CAACAACGCAGCUCCAUACGACAUGACAUGGUUGAGCCAAACGGACAUUUAAAUUUUGUGCAUUGUUAAAGUGUUUUAAUUAAGGAUAUACUAUUAAAGAUCCGCUCACAAAAUGGACAACGAAAAUCACAGAGUGUGCGAUAUGGAACAAAAAAUAUCAAUGAUCAAAACGAUCGUAAAGAAAUGCAAUAAGUUCGUGACAAACAACCUGACAUUCAACUGCUCCCUAUCUGGCACUAUAUUCAUAACCAACGUCUCAAAAGACACUAUACAAGAAGCUGUAGAUAAAUCUAAAGUUAUAGGUAUGAAACAGCUAUUAGAACGACAAGAAGAAUUAAAAGCGAACAUCAUAGAAGCGAACAUACUAAGCUGCCAAAUUCACGCCAUAUUGUAUAAAUAUUAUGUGAUUAAGAGAAAAGUGCCCGAUUUAAAAACAAUAACUAAAGAAUUGGCAAAAUCCGACAUCAAUGACUUCUAUAAAGUAUUGCACGAUAGAGGAUUCAUUUGGAGGCAUGACAUUCUGAUCGAGGACCCAGUGGUGCAAGCUAAGAGGAUCAAAUAUCUCUUGGACAUGAAAAGAUUUAGAGAAGAAAAUAGAAUAUUUAUAUUCGCUGAAGAAAAGGAAUUACCACAUGAUAACGAAACAUUGAAAAUGUUCGAAAAAGGUAAGCAUUACCUAGAAACGGGUUAUGGAUCCGUAAAAAUUGCUGUAUCACCACAAUUAGGGGUAAUAAGCCUGUCAGUAAACAAUCAAGGCGAAACUACAAGCGAUUGGUUAAUUAAAGAGGUUGCACAACACAUGAAACCUUCAUUCGUUUUAGUCAUCGACGAAUCCAUGAUAAAAGAAGAACCGAUAGAAGUUCCUCCAACAUCAGAAGCCAGGAAAGCUGAAAUGAUUCAAUGGUUAGAGAGAAAAAACAUACCAUUUAAUAACACAAUGCAUAGAGCAGAUUUGUAUGAACUGAUUGAGCUGUAUAAAGACAAAUGGGAUGAUAAAAAAUACGUAACAGUUGAGCUUCUUAAAAGUAAAGGCGUAGAAAUAGUCAAAAGACCUAAAAAAGGUUGGCCUGAUUUGAAUUAUUUUGAACCUUUUUGGCUUAUGGAAGUUUUAUGGCAUAGUGUUCCGACCGGUAAUUCUGUGUGUAACACUAUAGGGAACAGAAUAGAAAUGGCUGUCAACGUAUGCUCACUUACCACUUGGGAAUUCUAUGCUAAAACCUUAAGUACGAAAGAAUCAGAACUCUUCCAGCAAGACAUGGAACUAGAGGAGGUCAUAGACAAGCUAUUGCUUUAUACUAAAGAGGCGGACAUGCGACAUAAGUUUAGACUACCUAAAGUUACGGUUACGGAUUGCGCCGAUGAUAAAGUCAUGUCAAAAUUUUCUGGGACAUUGUGAGACUCAUUUGAAUAUUACAUUUUCCGUGAAUAAAAAUUGUUUAAACA